GUGACACAAUCAAGCGUGUGCACCAGUUUUGAAAUUGCCAGCAUCAUUUCGUUUGUGGAAUUUCCUGAUAUCACCAUGAAGAAUUUCAUCUUGUUGUCCGUGGUUUUUUGUACAUCUUCCGCAUUUAGGUUCAUUGUCAACCCGCUGUAUGCCAAAUCCUGGGAUGCAAUGCUAGACGUUCAUCGAGAGGAGUGUAUACUCGAAAGUGGCGUAAACCGAAUAGAAGCGACCGCAUCAGUUUUAACUAUGAACCUUCCCGAAGACCCCCAGUUUAAGUGUUUUGCUAAAUGCGUUUUCCAAAAAUGGGGAUUUUAUGAUCCCAUUACGAAUAGCAUUGAUAUAGAUAAAAUUACAAACAGCGUAAUGGGAGUUCAAAAGAGCGUAGUGGAGGAAUGCUUUCAACAAUACAUCAACGAGGUCAAUCAAUGUGAAAAAGUAUUUUCUGUAGCAACCUGUGCAAUUUCAAAGCUCCAGUCAUCACUUGUUUAAUGGAGUUUUGUUUUCAUAAAGUUCUGGUGUGGCAGAUUUCACCGCCAAUGCUUUUUUACAAUGUUUUUUAUUGACUAAUAAAUUUGCG